CGGUGUCAACAUGGCAGCGGAGGAUGUCAUUGUGGACAAACUGGUUUCUUUUUGGAGAAUCCCGGGCUCCAAACGUUACUUUCCAUGGAUAUUUUUGUUAAUUUCCGUUAUGGGGUCGUUGUUGAAGGAACUGCAGAUGGUUCCGGAGACGUAUUUUAGCAGUAGCAGGAAUAUUUUAAACUUGUAUUUCGUGAAGGUCUCGUGGGGCUGGACUCUACUUCUCCUCACACCCUUUGUCCUCUUGUCCAACUCCUCUUUCAGUCGGGAUGUUUCGUUUCUCACGCGGCGCCUGCUCGCUCUCCCCAUCGCCACCGCCAUCUGGUACACUUUCACUGAGACAUUCUUCUACAUUGAGGACGCCACCGGAUCUUGCUACGAAACCACAGCCAUGGACGUUUUAAAGGAUGAAUUUACUAUCAAGUCUACCUGCAGACGCGCCGGCUUCCACUGGUUUGGCUACGACAUUUCUGGACACUCGUUCAUUCUCACAUACUCUGCGCUUUUUAUAAUGGAAGAAACGGCGCCCAUGGGUUACUUGAAAAAUGCCAACAUGUCGACCUUCCCGCGCAUGGUUCUUAAGUUCUUGUACAUAUCGUUGAAUGGUCUUGUAUUUCUCUGGGUGUGGAUGUUUUCUUGUACUUCUGUGUAUUUUCACAACCCUUUUGAUAAGUUGCUGGGUACGCUGUGCGGUUUGUUGGGUUGGUAUGGGACGUAUAGAGUUUGGUAUCUAAAACCACUGUCGCCAGGACUACCGCAGAAACCGAAAGAGGAGCAAAAGCAACGCACAUGAACUGCUAAAACUAUUUCAAUCUCUUAUCCAUCUCAAGUACAUUUUUUUGUGUUUGGUGGUUAAAGUGCAUAUGGCAGGUUUGGCUACUCAUUUUACCAAAACAACGCAGUUUACAUAAUUAUAAUUAAGAUUUUAUAAAAAUCUUGCCAAGUUUUUUUUUUUUUGGUAAAGUUUAUAAUUUUACUUCCUGCUUGGACACUAAGAGCAACCUACCUACCUGUUUAUUAUUUUAAGACUAAUACAAGCAAGAAUUUAUUUAGUUUUUUGUUGAAUCAAUGUUUAAAAAGCCAGAAAAAUGUGUUCUCCAUGCAUAAAUUGUCUCUGGAUUUUGGAUGUAAUUUUCCAUGUUGGUGACACCGGUAGUGGGAUUGUGUUUUUGGACUCGCGACUUCCUUGAUUUUUGCUCUUUUCUACUUGAUGUUUUGUCAUAAACUGCCUCUCAACUCAAAUAUACCAUAGAUUUUCCACCGAACCAAGUAAUAAUUAGAAAACCAUGAAAACCUGUCAUGUGCUCUUUAAGUGUCAAAUGGAGGGCAGGGAUCAGUAUUGUUCUACGGGUCAGGUACAGUUUUAAAACAAAUCUCAAAAAGAAAACAUUUUAUUAUUGAACCACGUUAUGUUGCUAUACUGAAGUUAGUUCACCUUAUGUCAUGUGCCAGUAGAGAAGAUAUUAAAGGUCCUGUAUUAUGCGAAAUAGACUCCAUAAGCCACGUUAAAAUGCUGUUACCUCCUCAAAAACAUAGCUGGAAUUGUGUUUUGUUUCAUUCACACAUUUGAGUAACUCUUUAUUAUUAGUCUACCUACAACUCCAGAGCUCAAAAUGCUCUAUUCCACCUUGUGAUGUCAUGAAGCGGUAGUUUUCCAGUUAACUGCUCCUUUUACCUUCAGUUCAGUAGAAAUCGGCAAUUCCAGAGCUGAAAUUAUCUAAAUGAAUCUAGUGAAGGUGUGUGGAGUUUAAAAACACAGUGGAGCACUUCCUGUAUUACCACAUGAUGACAUCACAAGGUGGAACAAGGUGGAGUGUUUUCCGUUUGAGAGAAGAACUCAGCCUUAAUAUGCAGGGUUUGUGUCUUAAACAUGCGUGAAUGAAACAAAACACAACUCCAGGUCUGCGAUGAGGAAACAACAUUAUUAUACAGAUCAGAGAAUAACAUAAUAUGGGCUCUUUAAACUUUGUGCCAUGUUUUGUUUCAUGUGAAUGGGCUCAGUGACUACAGAGAUACUGACCAUAAACUGACCUAUUCUUUUUCAGUUUUAAGCUCUUAAUGUUACAUUCAAUGAACACAUCUCCACACUACAACCUCUGGGUCCAUGCCGUCUAAGGUUUUAUUUAAUUUAUUACAAUUUUUAACCAAGAUUUUGGUUUUGAGAUUCCUUAUGGACACAAUGUAAACAAUGUAUUUUAACAGGAAAAGCUCACAAAUUCACUUUGAAUCACUCUGUUUCAUAGAUGCAGAUUGUGUUGUUUUGGUGCUAGUGGAGAGAUGCUCAUAGUAACAUUCUUAUGAUUGUGUGGUGACAUACAUAUAUUAUAAAUGAUUAUUGCUCAUAUUAAGUUCAGUUAAUUUUGAAAUAGACGUUUCAAAUGAGAAUGUAUUUAGCGCUGCUGUUUUGCUAUUGCCUUGUUUUUAUUUAUUAAUUUAACAGACUCUGCCUGACGACCGCAGCUGGUCCAGACACUACAUGUUGGGUUCAUAUCGUUUGGUUUAGAUAAUGAUUUGUGCCAAUACUGAAUUAAAAGUGAUGU